CAGUUCUCGUUGGCUUGGUUGGUUGUGGCCUCCCUCGGACUGGCCGCUAAAACAAAUUCAACGGAAAAUCUCAACUGAAGUUCUUUGCUUUUUCUCCUAUAUAUCCGAUUCUUCUCGCCGGCACCCCUUCACCUUGAUCGCUUCUCUCCCUAAUGGCUUCUUCCACUUCGUUUUCCCCAUCCCAUUUAGCUCCAACACGCGCCGUUUCUUCCCCUCUCUUUUCAUCCAAGUUAAACCCUUCAAGGGUCUCAUUUCCAUCCAGAACGAGAAUACUUAAGCUUGCUUACGACGCCCCUCUCCUCAAUCUCAAGGUUCUUUCAGCGCACGAACCCAAAGGUAAUCUAUGUGAAUUCAUUUGUGCUUUCAGUGGGAAUGUUUGAAUUUUAUGAAAAUUUGAUGUCUUUGUUGCUGGGCAUUUCUUUCCUCUUUUUAUUUAUUUAUUUAUUUAUCUCGCUUUAGUUCCUUCGGGGUUUUUUCUAUUAAUUCUGUUUGUAAGUUGAACUUGUAAGUUGAACUCUGUUUUGUUACUUGGAAAGUUAUGGGAAUUGAUUAGCACAGUUUCAUUAUUGUAGUUGCAUUGCCAAUUUGAAGUAAAGAAGCUUCUUUUAUUGAUUUGUUGGCCAAAUAUAGGUUUUCUUUUUGUGGGACAAAGGAUGAUGGUCGGAUUCCAAUUUUCACACAGGAAUCCUGGUGGUCAUUGAUGUUCUAUAGUCAUAAAAAGGUCGUUAUUUUGGUGGGAUAUUUCAGGCUGGUUCUUUUAGUUUUUUGAUUUCUUUGUAUAGCUGGAUAUUCAGAAAUUUUUUCAAUUUGAUUAUUGGUAUGGUAGUUCAAUGUGGUUUGAGAUCUACAAACAGAAAUUGACCUUAUAGAUUCACAGAGGUUGCUUGAUGAUUUUAGACAGGAUAUAUUGAGAUAUUAGAUUAAAGGACAGAUUUUCUUAGGAUGUAGUUGUUAUUGAAAAUGUGAUCAGAAUGCUUUAGAACUUUGAAGGCAAUUGCUUUUCUUUUUUGCUUAUGAAUUUUGAUGAAAAUUCUGAUGUAAAUGUGUUUGGUAUUGUCAGCCUAUAUUUCUUCUGCAUUUUUCUUUAACCUAAAGCUUUAGUGCUAGCUCUAUGUAAGUCUUGUAAGUGGGAGGGCAAUAGGGCAUAUAGUGCAAUGACGAGGUAUAAAAACGGAUGCAUCCUUGAAGAACUUGUAUUGAAGGUAGGAUGAUCCUAGGGAUUCAGGCUUUUGUGUAACUGUUUAUGGUAAUAUGAAUAUUAGUCUCUGAUGAACACUGCACAGUGCUCACCUUGAAUGACUUGAAGAGGCUUGGGUGUCUAGAAUAAUAUGUCACGGUAUUUGUUAAAUUUAGCUCGCCCCAUCCUCUACAAUCU